AUGUCGUCCGUAGUAUGCUCAUGCAAUCGCGCAUUUGGCAGCGAGCAAAACCUACGAGCUCACAGAAAGGCCGUGGCCGCGCAUAUUUGCCCCGACUGCAACAGAUGCCUUCGCACAAACAGGUCCCUGUUGAACCACAGGGCUGCACUCUCUCCGGCGUGCGGGCAGACUCCGCUCAAGAACAUCUGCAGUUGGCGAUGCAACGACUGUGGCGACCUGUUCGAUAGCCGAGCUGCCUUGGAAGUCCACUUCAGAUUAACUGAGCACGCCGCUGAUUUUCGCUGCUGUGACUGCAACAGGGCGUUCAAAAGUAGCGAUGCCCUAGAUGCCCACCUCAAGGACAAGGUCCAUGCCAAGCCGCGGGCGCGGCGAGCGCGAUGCGAAGACUGCGAUCGAACGUUUAAAAACAAAGCAGCCCUGGAGCAGCAUCUCAAGUCUACCAUCCACUGCCCGAUCAGCAACUUGCCUUGCCUCGCAGGCAAGCUCUGCGGUGUGGAAUGCAAUACGCAUUUCCGGAGCCCGUCAGCUAUGGUCGCCCACAUGGAAAAUGGCUCUUGCUCGUCGGGCAUGGAUAGGGAAAAGCUCAACCGACUGAUCUCCUUGCACGACCGCGAGAAUCUCAUCACCAGCUCCAGCGGCAUUGCUGAGCUUUCGGGAUGGGCCAGCCUGGAGGACGAAGAAGGAUCGCCGAGCCACUCGGGCGUCAUGACGCCGAGCACGGAGUCGGGCGAGGGUGUGUUGUUGACUCCGAGCAGCAGCCAGCUCGACCUGGUGAGCCUUGUUGGGCAGCGGCUGGCAGUGUCUGAACUUUCCGACUCGGAGAGUGUCUGUACUGAAUUGGCGGAGGAUGCCAUCUAUCAUUGCCCUCUGUGUCCCAACAGCAGGCGUCGCUUUCCUGGACGAACAGCCCUCGAGCAACACAUGCAGUCAGCAGCCCACACGCCCAAGGUCUUCCACUGCCCUUCUCUUCUCUUUCAAGCAGGGUCUCGAAAGGUCGUCCCGAGCAUGAAGAGAUUUUCGACUCUCAGUGGUCUCGUGUCGCAUAUUGAGAGCGGCGCAUGUCGUGACGGAAAGGCAGGUCUGCGAACGGUGAUGCAGUAUAUGGAAGACAGGCUGGAAGAGUUGGGCAUCUCCUUCAAAUUGCUGGGCAUCUAG